UGUGUGUGUGUGCGUGUGUGUUACUGAAGACUCAGUGUACAGGAGGCAGGGCUACUACACAAACACAGGGUCAGGACGCUUGUAAAACGAUCCUCAAGCACUGAGAACAUCCUCUUCGCUGGGGUCCCGCUACGCUUCACUUUCCUUUUCUCUCUCUCUCUCUCUCUGUCUCUCUCUCACACACCCACACACACAAGUACACGCACACAUUCCUCUCCAGUCACUGCGAGGGGCCGGCGCAGAGCAUGCUAGAAACCCAGAGCAAAGUCAUUGAGUCGCACGGUCACACACACAGAGCAAACAUAGAGAGAGAGAGAGAGAGAGAGCGCCAGGGGAGGUCUGACAACUCCAGACUACAUCUUCAUGCUUUCUUCAUAACUGCGUUUCACAUGCAGUUUCUCAAAGCUUCAGUUUCCCCAAGAGCUUCAACUAUUAGAGUGUUUUGAGCAGGUGACCGGAUCAACGAUGACCUCCAGGCACCGGUCCAGAGACAUGAACAUCUCUCCUCGCACCGACUCCACCUGACUCUGGACUACAGGACCCGAGCGAACCCUUGAACACACUCCUCCAGCUCCGGCCAUGUGGUGUGUGUGGCGGUGUGUGUGUCUGGCAGCGCUGCUGGCUCUCUCAGACUGUGCAGGAACCGAUCAGAGACGAGGAGCAGAGGAAGGACUCAGAAGCUCCACGGGGAAGAGCAACAGCAGCCGGAAACACCACCGGAUUCAACACGGACAGUGCAGUUACACCUUCAUCCUCCCGGAGAACGACGCAGGAGCUUGUCGAGAGUUUAAAGCGGGAACGGCGUACAACGCGAACGCUCUUCAGCGAGACGCUCCUCAAGCCGAGGACGAGUUCUCCAGCCAGAAGAUCCAGCAGCUGGAGCACGUCAUGGAGAACUACACACAGUGGCUGCAGAAGAUUGAGAACUACGUGAAAGACAAUAUGAAGACGGAGAUGGUGCAGUUACAACAGAGUGCCGUCCACAACCACACAGCGGCCAUGUUAGAGAUGGGCACGAGUCUUCUCUCACAAACAGCCGAGCAGACGCGCAAGCUCACCGACGUCGAGACACAGGUUUUAAAUCAGACAUCACGGUUGGAAAUUCAGCUUCUGGAGAAUUCACUAUCAACCAACAAGCUGGAGAAACAACUCAUGAUCCAGAUAAAUGAAAUCAACAAGAUCCACGACAAGAAUGGGUUCCUGGAGGUGAAGAUGCAGGAGAUGGAGGACCGGCACCAGCAGGAGCUGGAGGUCGUGCGUGAGGAGAAGCUCAGUCUACAGGCACUGGUCAGCAGACAGAGCUCAGUGAUCCGAAAGCUGGAGGAUCAGCUGACCCGAGCCAGCGGGAACACUAGUGCCCUGCAGACACAACAGCAGGACCUGAUGGAGACCGUGCGCAGCCUGAUCCAACUCUGCAACCGGGACGCCGGCACAGCACUGGUGCCGAACAGCACGAAGCAAGCCGACGAGGAGAGGAAGUUCCGGGACUGUGCCGACCUCUACCAAGCCGGAUUCCAGAAGAAUGGAGUUUACACGAUCAACAUCAGCCCACAAGAGACCAAAAAGGUGUUCUGCAACAUGGAGUCUGCAGGCGGAGGCUGGACCGUCAUCCAGAGACGUGAGGAUGGAAGCGUGGACUUCCAGAGAUCAUGGAAAGAAUAUAAAAUGGGCUUCGGGAGUGUGUCGGCCGAACACUGGCUGGGAAACGAGUUCGUUCACGUUCUGACCAAUCAGAGGCAGUUCGGCCUGCGUGUGGAGCUGAGCGACUGGGACGGACACCAGGCCUUCUCCCAGUACGACAGUUUCCACAUCGACAGCGAAAAACACAAAUACAGGUUGUUCCUGAAGAGCCACAGUGGGACGGCGGGCCGGCAGAGCAGUUUGGCGAUCCACGGCACUGACUUCAGCACUAAAGACAUGGACAAUGACAACUGCACAUGCAAGUGUGCGCUGAUGCUCAGCGGGGGAUGGUGGUACGAUGCCUGCGGUCCAUCCAACCUGAACGGCGUUUACUACAGACAAGGACAGCACGUCGGAAAAUUCAAUGGAAUCAAGUGGCACUAUUUUAAAGGCCCGAGUUACUCUCUCCGAUCCACUGUCAUGAUGAUCCGACCGGCCGACUUCUCGUAGUCCUCCACAAAUAUCCCCGAAAGCUUUGGAAAGUGUUAUUUCUUCGGCCCGUGACGUAUAAUGCAGCUUUCAUUUGAGAUAACACUCCUUGAAACAGGAAUCCUGUGAAUACGGGGCUGUCCUGUCACCUUCAUGGAGAGAUGGAAAACUCCCUGGGAAUUUAGGGCAGGAGCGGACUUGGCUAUAGGCUUUUAUUUUUAAAUAUCAGAGGUAUGAAUUCAAGUGCCAUUCACUUGUCACUCAGGACCUGUGGACUGUUUUAACGCAGACACAUCAGCUUUGAUGAAGUGCGCCGCCCUGCAAUCGCCUGGCUUUCAAAUCCGAAUUUAAAGCAGCUUGAAUGUCCUUCAGUAUCCUAAAAGGACCUAUUAAUGUUUUAUACAAACGUGUUGCACAGUUAUAUUUGGGUUAUGAUACUUUACUUCACAUUUUUAUGCUCUUUUUUUAUCCCAGUAUAUUAUUACUUUUUUAUUUUGUACAUUAUUCCUGUCAAAGUGAAGAAAACCAUAGCAUGCAGCAUUAAAGGUGACUUAUAGUGCUAUUUACAAGGGACAUUUUCAGC